AUGGCGAAUGUUAAUGCACCUAAUGUUAGUAACGCACCUAAUGUCGUACCUAAUGUCAUUAACGCACCUAAUGUCGGUAAUGUAGAACAACUACAACUGUCCCCCGAUCUUCAAAGAGUACUUGAUAGCUUGACUCUGAGACAGAGAAUGGAGUACAAUGCCUCAAACGAAAAAGUAAAAAUGUUAGAAAUGAUUUUAUAUGAACAACAAAAAUCAGAAGUCAACUGGGAAAUAAUCUCUAUUGCAAUGUAUGCAAUAACUAUUGUUACUAUUACUCUCGCAAAUGCAUUAUAUUUUAAAAGUGAUGAAUCAAUGAAAAAUUUUUCCUUAAUUAUAAAUUCUGUUUAUUAUGAAGCUAACGAAAUAGAGCAUUCAGAGUCUUCAGAUCUUUCAGAGCCUCCAGAGCCUGAAAACUGUACUAUCUGUUUAAACGAAGUUAAUCAGGCACAAGCAUAUAUAAAGUUUGCAUAUGGCCACGUCUUCCAUUUCAAAUGCAUAAUGAGAUACAUAAUUCAUGAUAUUACCUAUACGUAUGAUAUUUUUUUGCGUACGAUAAUUUGUCCUAAUUGUCGAGCAAUUAUACUCGAAGUACCGCCUAAGGAACUUAUUAGAUCCUCAAAUAGAAGUGAAAAUGUUUAUCCAGACAAAAGGCAAUACAAUGGUGUUAUUCCUCAACCAGAAUUCUCGAUUGCUUCUAGAUCGUUUCAUACUCUCAAUGCAAUACAAAAUAAUGUUAGACAAAUAAAUCUGUCACGACCG